AUGAGUCGCAAACAUGAAGUCGAAGAAGUAUAUAGUGUAGCCUCAGAGGAGGAUAUAUACGCACAUCCUCAAGAAAUUCCCACGAUAAUUGAAUCAAACCAGUCAGAACUGAGUAUAGAAACGCAAACGAACGAUGGUGUGCGACAAGAUAACCAUCAGGACAAAGCAAAGGAUUUGAGCUUUUUGGCUAGUGCAAACUUUUCAACUGACUCGAUAAAUGAUAGUCCGCAAGACCAUACGUUUCAAUUUGGCAAUACUCAAAUGAGUCCGUCGCCAAGACGGUAUUCCAAUUCGUCGUUAAGCAAAUCACCAAGACUAUCUUAUCCCAGCCAACAACAAUCUAAAUCAAGACCGCUAUCAGCAUUUCUUUUGGACUCGGGAAACUCUAUUUCAGAGGAUGGGAACUUGCUCCCUUUUGAGAACUCACCAAGAUCAAGAGACUCUUUUUCCUUCGGUUUGAAUUCAAACUAUAGUCCUAGCUUUCAGGAUCGAGGUUUCCAAUCUCAAUCAAAUUAUACGCUAAACACUCACCCGCCUUCACCAACGAGGUCAACUUCUCCUGUUAGAAACAAUAGACAUUACAGGUCGAAAUCACCGGUAAGAAGAUCCACCUCACCCAAGAAACUGAACCCUUUCAAUUUUCAACCUCAGGAGGUUAUGCUAAGCAACAAUGGACCAAGUCAAUCAUUGCAAGUGAAACCAGCCCAUAGAAAAGGUCACAAAUACAAACACUCUUCAGUGUCAAUGAACUUAUUUCAAGAACCACCUCCAAUGAGUGCCAAUGAACAGCAGUUGAAAGCAAUUCCCGAUCUGUAUCCAGUCCCAAACUAUAAAGAAGCACUUUCCUCUGUAACAAAGCAACAAAAGUCGAAGCUCGUGUGGGCUUUGGGUCACUUUAGUUUAUCAAUAGUCAUUUUCGUCAUUGGGUUUAGAUAUGGCUUUGGAUCGCUUGCAACAUUAGCUCAUUUAGUAUUUUAUGAUUCAUUAGGGUCCUUGUUUAUUGUAUUGGUUGAUAUUAUGUCCAAUUUCGAAGUUUGGAAUAGCUCUUCAAUAGCGUACCCCUUUGGGUUGGAGCGUAUUGAGGUGUUAGUUGGGUUUGCAUUGAGUGCCUCCCUCUUGAUGCUCAGUUUUGACUUGUUCAGCCAUUUCUUUGAAGAAUUCAUCUUGUCGUUGAUGUCUGAUGAUGACCACCUGGAUCACGAACACUUGUCUCAUCGAGUUCAUGAUGGGCAUGGAAAUGCAUCCACAAAUUUGUUGCCUUAUGAAAUGGUGUUGAUAAUAUCGUUAGCAGUGUCAUUGGUGUCUUCUCAUUUCAUUCUUGCCUAUGAUCGAAUCAAUGAAAUGAUGACCAGUGGGGAAAGUACGCAUACAAAGAACCAUGAUACCACGAUCUUUGUCCAUGCACCAGCCUUCACAUUGCGCCAGAGAUUUUUGAGAAUUUUGGAGACUUGGAGAAAUUACCCUACGCAUAUGAUCACUGUAACUUAUGCGUCAUUUCUUAUCGUUCUUCCAUUGAUUCCAGAGACGUUUGUUAAGGAAUUGGCUUAUGACAUCAAUAAAUGUGCUACAAUUCUAGUAGCUUGUUUGUUGUUUUACAAUGGGUGGAUUCUAGUCAAGUUGUUGGGAGGAAUUUUGCUUUGUUCAUUUCCGCACUCAAACUACGAAUAUACUGUGUUAAAGUCUAAAAUAAAGCAAGGCGUGCUAUCAUUGGACUGUUUCAAAGAAGGGUUUUCAAUAGACAAGUUAUUCAUUACAAAAUUCAACUACCAAUUGUAUGUCAUUGGGGUUUCGAUCAACAUGAAGGGGGCUGAUUCUGACGAAGAAGUUAGAAUGAGGUUUGAAGUUAAUAGGAUCAUUCGUAACGAAAUGCAGUUAUUGGAAGACUGUGGGAGAGUAAACACAUUGGAAGUCACCAUUGAUAUUAAUAGAUUUUGA